GCAUGCGCACAGCACCAUCGCAGCCACAUUCCCCGCUUCUCCCUCUUCGCAGUUCGCAGGUUUUCCGAGCAGGCAAAUAUCUCGGAGCGAGACGCUUGGUUUACGCGUUCUCCAUGAUCGUCUGAACAAACAUCGGUGCGGUUUUAUUUUCCUGUCUAUACGAGGACUAGCAAUCUAAGCGUGACGCCGCAUUUAAACCCCGACUGUGCGCGAUAGAUGCUGAUUUCCUCACCAUGGCAACAGAAGACAAGAAACCAGAGACUGACACAAAACCUCCAGUCGUCCAGUCAGCAUCCGCCAGCCAAAGCAAGUCUGCGCCCGCGAAGCCAAACUACAGCCUGAAGUUCACGCUAGCCGGUCACACUAAAGCCGUGUCCUCCGUCAAAUUCAGCCCGAGUGGAGAGUGGCUCGCCAGCUCAUCUGCUGAUAAACUCAUCAAAAUCUGGGGCGCGUACGACGGCAAGUUUGAGAAAAGCAUAUCUGGACACAAGCUUGGCAUAUCUGACGUGGCCUGGUCCUCUGACUCCAACCUCCUGGUGUCUGCGUCUGAUGACAAAACCCUGAAGAUCUGGGACGUCAGCUCUGGCAAGUGCUUAAAAACCCUGAAAGGUCACAGCAACUACGUCUUCUGCUGCAACUUCAACCCCCAGUCCAACCUCAUUGUGUCCGGCUCGUUCGAUGAGAGCGUAAGGAUAUGGGACGUGAAGACCGGGAAAUGUUUGAAAACACUGCCGGCUCAUUCUGACCCCGUCUCUGCCGUCCACUUCAACAGGGACGGCUCUCUGAUCGUGUCCAGUAGCUACGACGGCCUCUGUCGAAUCUGGGACACGGCGUCGGGGCAGUGUUUAAAGACACUCAUAGACGACGACAACCCUCCGGUGUCCUUCGUGAAGUUCUCCCCCAACGGGAAAUACAUCCUGGCUGCUACUCUGGAUAACACGCUGAAGCUGUGGGACUACAGCAAAGGAAAGUGCUUGAAAACGUACACGGGCCAUAAAAACGAGAAGUACUGCAUAUUCGCUAAUUUCUCCGUCACCGGGGGCAAGUGGAUCGUGUCCGGCUCGGAGGACAACAUGGUUUAUAUCUGGAACCUGCAGACCAAGGAGAUCGUGCAGAAGCUCCAGGGACACACAGACGUCGUCAUCUCGACCGCCUGCCACCCGACAGAGAACAUCAUCGCGUCCGCGGCUUUAGAAAACGACAAAACCAUCAAGCUAUGGAAAAGCGACUGCUAAAGCCCUUUUGGAUCCCCGAGGCCAUUCACCUUUCUUUUAAUAUUUUUGUUUUUCUUUUCUACAUUUUGUUGUAAGAAAAAGGGACUUUUUUUCUAACGGAGAGCUCCUGCUGGAUGCAGAGGAAAUCGGCAAGGAUCAGCAAGCAAUCAGACACACACACACACAUACGCAAACACACACACACACACACAGACGCAGUCCUGCAGCAGACACUGUCCUCUCGUCGUCGGUGCGUGCGCCACAUUCGGUCGUCUCAUUAGGGAAAGCGAGUUUUGUUUUGGUUGGCAGCGAUGUCCUGGUGCUUCAGUAUUUGUUUUUUUUUUUUCUUCUUCUUCUUCUUUUUUUUUUUUAACACCGCAUUAAUCUUAAGGUCACCGCCUCGUAACAGCUCCUGCACGCGGAUCUCGUCUCGUACAGUAAAUGUAAUAGUUAUUUGGCCUUUGUAUGCACGCUCAUGCCUUUUUUGAUUUGUGACCAUCAGAUUAAGAUAAAAAAAAAAAAAAAGAAAAGUGAAAUCUAAAGUAAAGCUGCCACAGCAAGAUAUUAACUAAGUCCUGUGCUGAUUUUUUGUGGCAACAAACCAGAUUUUUGAAAGAUUAAAUUGCAACACGAUGUUAGAUAAAAGAUAAAAAUUUCAUACAUGGUGUCAGUUUCUUCUUCUCUGUCGAACAUAAUUAACCCCUUCUUCUAAAAAUCAGUUUACAGACUACAAGUGACCAAAUGCAGUUAUAUUUGUGUUCUAGUAUUUGUACAUAAGACAUUGACAUGAACUGUGAUUUCAUUACUUUAGCCGCCUGUGUUCUCCGUGCUCCUCUGCUUGAUUAGCUCCUAGCUCUGCACACACAGCCAGCAGCCUCUGUUCUCUGUAGUAAACCUGGAUUUUUGUGGCGUAUACUGUAUGUUUGCAUUUGACAGCUACACCCCACAACUUAAUAAAAACCAGUUCUUUUUGUA